AAGAUUGAUUGUAUUUUGCUUAAAGAGUCCGUGAAGUCAAAGUCAAAGUUUUGAUUAAUUGGUGUAGAAUAACACGAAAGUCAAUAUCCCAAAAUUUUACAGUCAAUAUAGCGGCGAUAAGGAAAUUAUUCCCGUUCAAAGUUGUCGAUUUUCGCACCUGAUUAAAACCAAUCAAGGCAACUUCCGGUUGUACUAUUAUUAGCAAAAUACUUGCGUGACGUCACUUUACAUCAGCUUUGAAAUGGCAACUGUAAACGAUAACAGCGUAACCUCGGAUUCUUCGUCGGAUAUUGACCUACACAUGUCAUUUGAGAUAUCAUCCUUCGAAGAAGAACACGAGGAACAUCAGCAGGACAUAGUCCCAUAUCGGUUUGAACCUGAAGCGACUGAUCUUAGCGAAUCGGAUGGUUCAAGCGAAGACGAAGUCGACGACCAGCACAGACUAGAAAAUACAGAUUGGUGCAAUUGUGGAUCAUGCACACCCAUGCCCACAGCAUUAGAAAGCAAAUGCUGCUCUGAAAUUCCACAGAUUGUCGAGAAAAUUGAGUCUUAUAGUGAUGAUUUAACCUGCAUUACAAGACAUCCUGGAUUCCAGACUGUUUGUCUAGACGUCUUUGUCCUGGAGACUGCAUAUUACCAGUAUCGUUCUCAGUAUGGAGAUAUACAGAACAGCAUGAAUGAGAGAAACAGAUAUACCGCAUAUCGUCAACUAGCUCGUUGGUGUUGGGGCUACUUAGGAAAGAGUGUUCGAGUCCCCCUCCCCUCCUGUGCAGUAACAAAGAUCCGUGAGACAUUCAGCUCAGAGGAGUAUCACGGAUAUCAAGACCCAGAAUGAGAUGCACAAAGUUACUGCAAAGUGGUGGUGGCUGUAUUUCUGGCAAGCAGGAGACAGGUGGUUGAUGGGGUGAUGUAGCAUCAACUGAAGCUUCCAUGGAUGCGAAUGUCUCAGUCAUCAAUGAAGUUACAUACCCUGAAAUGAAGUCAAUAUGCAAUAACUGUGUCAUAUGAGAAUCUUAAUUUCUACUCUUCUAGGUGCUCAUUGUUUUCCAUAAAUUCAAAUAAAAUUUUUUAUGUUUCUAUUUUAUUGGUAUAUAUAUAUAUAUAUAUAUAUAUAUAUAUAUAUAUAGACUUUAUUUAGGCAUUCCCAUUAGUCAAGAGAGGAAGAGAGAAAAAGAGGAGAGGAAAGGAGUAUUGUUGUAGUACCAUAUGUUGAAUCUACAGUUCUCUUUCGCACACUGUACUCUCCAUGCUUAAACUUGGGAAAGCUGAUCUUGAACUGCAUGUUCCCUUCCUUUGUAGCAGCCUGCACUCUUGACGUAUUUUCAUUGAAAUGAAGAGCAGCAACGAUCAACCUUAAAACAAUAUUGCUAUAAAAUUACUUAUCUUAAACAUGCUUUGGUCAAUUCAACUUAAUUAGUAGAUUAUCAUACAGGAGCACAAAAAAUAUGGAAGGAUUUUAUUUUUAUAUAUAUAUUUCC